UACACUUGUGCAAUCACCACCACCGCCACCAACAUCUCUCUCUGCUCAUCCAGAGACAGUAACACUUCACAGAAAUCAAACACCAAGCAGUCGACAAUCAUCCUCGCGAGGAGACAUCAGCGCGGUGCCCGUUGCGCGCUCGGAUACAAUUCCAAAGGGAUUGCGAUCUCUUUCUGUCGCUUUUAGAGAGAUUUCAGAAGACUGGAGAUCGAUCGGGACGGAACACCUGUGCGUGCUCAUUAAUGACAGACUGAAUAACUGCUAUGACAGGUAAACUAGCGGACAAGAUCCCUAUUACCAUGAGCAGUUUAAUCAACACCAUCCCUGACAGUCUCUAUCCAGAAGAAGACAUUCCCAAUUCUAUGAACAUUUUCACAAACCCGGACUCUAUUUCGCACUACUCGCAGAUGAAUCCAGAUAAUAUCAUGGACUUGGGGAUGGGCGGCGAGAAGGGCAGUGGAGAAGUUCAAUACGGCUCCGGUUUCCAGUCUGGUCGAAGCGGGCAAACCGUCACCUACCUGGGCAAGUUCGCAUUCGACACCCCUCCAUCCGGCAGCAUCGGAGGCUCCGGAUGGUGUCCCGACAACAACAUCAUCAGUCUGGUGAGUGCGGGAAUCCUGGGGGUGUCACCGUCACCUGGCAACAUCACCACCCAGACGUCUUCGUCGAGCGGCAGCAUGGGUGGCCAGUCGUCAGACAUGGAGCAAGUAUACGCACCACCCCUUCCUGCCUACUCGACCUGUGGCGAGAUAUACCCAGAACAGGUGACGUUCCACCACAGCCCGGCCACGUCCUCGUCUCUGCCCUACCCGAGCUCUGACUACCACACCACCUCCAAACCGGGCAUGGACGGAAGCCUCUUUUCCAUGAUCCCAGACUACAACCUCUUCCAUCACCAGGGGGACGUAGGGAUGAUGGAGCAUAAACCCUUCCAAACCAUGGACCCUAUUAGAGUGAACCCACCUCCCAUAACUCCCCUCGAGACCAUUCGAGCCUUUAAGGAUAAGCAACAGAUCCAUCCCGGCUUUCUCGGUGGGCAACAGCACAUUUCCCAACACCAUCAACCCUCUCAGACACUCGCUCUGAAACCCAUUCGACCAAGAAAGUACCCCAACCGGCCGAGCAAAACUCCCGUGCACGAACGACCGCACGCCUGCCCGGCGGAGAACUGCGACCGUCGCUUUUCGCGAUCAGACGAAUUGACGCGUCACCUGCGCAUCCACACGGGACACAAACCCUUCCAGUGCCGCAUCUGCAUGCGAUCCUUCAGUCGCAGCGACCAUCUAACCACGCACAUCCGCACGCACACUGGCGAGAAGCCCUUCUCUUGCGAGUUCUGCGGACGCAAGUUUGCGAGGAGCGACGAGCGAAAGCGGCAUGCCAAGGUGCACCUGAAACAGAAAGACAAGAAACCCAUGGACAAGGGCAGUAGCGCUGGGCCAGGGGGGAGCCACACCUCUCCUCCCAGCUCCUGUGGGAGCGCGGGACCCAGCAGUGCCAAUAUCAUGACCGUCACCACUUGUGCAUGAGAUGGACUUGCAAAGUAAGACUUUGAGGAGAAAAAAAGAAGGUUUCUUUCUCCUCUUAUAUACACACUUGACUCUUAUACUCGCUCCCUCUCACUAUAUCCAUCCGUUUCCUACGGUUUUCAUUGAUUGUGGUGGCAUUUUUCUGUAGCCACUAUUGUUUAAGGUCAAAUGAGUGGGGAGUAAGUGGACUCGUGUUGCAUGGAUGGGACAGAGAGGGCGUCAAAGACGACGGUUCAAGCAGUCAGGUCAAUCCACAGAAAGAGCACUUGCAGACGCAGCGCAGUCAUAAGGGUUCAACUCUCAACUCUGGGGACCAGAGCAAUCUCUUGAGAUUUUAGUCUUUUCAUUUUUCCUUGUAUUUCGGUUUGUCAUUGAGUUGUCAGAUAAAAAGUGCACUUUCAUUUGCUUAAUGUGUUGCAGUCUUUUUAAAUGAUUGUUAAUUAUUUAAUGUUUCUGUGUUGUUGUUUUUCAGCAGAAUGUGCCAAAUGCAUUUAAAUACAGCAGACAAUUAAAAAAAAUAUAUUGUUUGUAUUAACCUAAUAACUUCAUUUCAAAUGUUGAUUUGGGGAAAACCUACGAGCUCUGAAGGCUCAAGGAGACUGAGUUCAGGUGGACGUUAAAGGUCUGUUGCAUUAUGCAGUUGCGUUAUUUUACUAUUUCCAAAUCCCUUAUAUACACAAGUAAGGGAUGCAGACGGCAUUUGUUAUCCGCAACGGACUUUCAGUGCAAUAAAAAACGAAAAACAACAACAACGACGACAAUAAAACACAGUCUGUCUCACUUUCACAAGUUUGCUUUCUACAGUAGGGAUUGAAAUUAAGACACAGCUGUGGCCUUCACCUGUUUCGCUUCUUUUAGUGCGCAUAAGGGCCAAACCUGCAGUUCUGCAUAUCUACUUCUGGUAGAGUGAGAUACAGUGAUCCGAUCCAAACAUUUUGCCUUUCUGUUUUUGCUGCCUGUAUCCCUGCAUGCAUCUAGUAUCACGUCUUCGCUAGUACUAAAAAGAUUGCAUCAGUCACGACUGAAGACCCACAGCAAUAUGCAUCCAAUUCAAACCAUGCAGAGUGUCAACAACAGUUACUACUUUAAAAAUGACUAUUUUUAUGUGACAAUUGUCCUUUUGUUGUCAUUGUUUUACUGGACAGUUGCGUUUCCUGCUUUCAUCAUCCAAUAAUUUUCAUCGGGUCUCUUUUUAUGCACAUUAUAUAUUCAGCACGCAUUUUAACACACAUGUACACACGGUUUUCAAAAACGAAAUCAGCCAAAAUUAUGGUAAUGCUUGCCUGCGAGCAUCACUACUGGGCAGGAUUGAUCUUAGGAGUCAUUGUUUUGCAUUUUUACCGGCUGAGGCCUGCCUGCUAUAUGCAUGCCAUUCAAGAUGCUUUUGGAUGGGAACAGUUUCAACAUUUAUACUGCUCUCAGGGGCAGCACGGUAAUGUGGUAUAUCUCCACGGUUACUCAUAUCCGGAUCAUGCCUAGAGAUUCUGAAUAUUAAUGAUGAGAACGAGAGGGGGUUUUGUACAGAUAAUUAUACAAACAUAUUACUACAUGUUUUCUACUUGGAAUGUACAAAGCAAUGUCCUUCAGUAUUACGAUGUUUGUUCGUGCAUGUGUGUGUGUGUGUGUGUGCGUGUGUACACGUGUGUAUGCUAAUGCAUACGCAAACACCCGUAUACUUAGAUUUUACAUUGACUGAAUGUUGAAAAAAAGGGUGUGUUUACAUUUUUGUUUUCUUUCUUUCUUCUGUUUUUGAGAUUGUGUACAUAGUGCAGAAUGUUUUUUAAGUGUGUGUGUCUGCAAGAAAAAUCGACUAUUGACAGUGUCAAAUGUGAUGCAUUCUCCGGCAUUUCUUCAGAGUCUCAAAUAUUAUCUGUUAUUAGCGCAAUUUUACAAAUGAUGACUUGCGGACACACUGAAUGAUGUGUUUAAUAAAUGAAUAAACAGUAAGA